GUGAGAACCUAGCUUACGCUCAAAGUCAUUAAAAAUGCGACACUAGCACGCGUCACUUCCAAGCUUGUCCACGCGUAACCCAAAUGUUCACGUCAUACUACGUGUCAAGGUGUCAUCAACCGCCACAUUCCGGAUCUUCGGCAUCUGGUAGCAUAAAACCCUGCCAAAACCUCUAUCCCAAUUCGAGGAGGACAAAUAUGGAGAGGAAAUCGGAAGACAAUAAAAAUCGCAAACCCAAAGAAGAUGAAGCUGAACAUGAACAUGAGCUCCCUCUCAUGUCGCUAAACCAUGUGUCGAGGCUCUGCACGUCAGUCAAGGACUCCGUGGAGUUCUACACCAAGGCGUUGGGCUUCGCGUUGAUAGAGCGACCACAGGCGUUUGAUUUCGAUGGCGCCUGGUUGUUCAAUUACGGAAUAGGGAUUCAUCUGGUUCAAGCCAACGAUGAAGACAAGUUACCAAAUAACCAUGAAUUGGAUCCCAUGGAUAACCACAUAUCCUUUCAGUGCGAGGACAUGGGAGCAAUGGAGCAGAAAUUGAAGGAUUUGGGGAUCAAAUACAUGAAAAGAACAGUUGGAGGGGAGGAAGAUGGGGUGAUUGAUCAGCUUUUUUUCAACGAUCCAGAUGGAUUCAUGAUCGAGAUUUGCAACUGCGAGAACGUCAAACUGAAACCGGUAGGUUCUUUUAACCGGAUUAAACUACCAUUUGAUCGGCAUAAUCCUCCAGUGGAGCUCGACGCAAAUGCUGCCAAAGCUAGCUGAAGAAUACUUCUAGUUGUUCGAUCUGUCAUGGCUUAUUCUGGAUUGUAAUAUGAAAAAGAUGAUUUGUUGUUUCAUUGCAAAUUGGAAUCUGUUUGAUCUUCGUUGUAGAUUGAAAUUAGGGAAGUUUUCGCUUAAAAAUGUGAUGCAUAAGAAAAUUUGACAGCGACAAGGAUUAUCAUCUUAUUUUUUAAAUUGGAG